UCAAAUUUUUAUAAAGUUCAUUCCUUUUUAAGCUAAUACUUAGAAAUCUUCAAACCCCAUCUCAGAUUUUCCACAAAUUUCAUUCCUUUCUGUGUUUCCAAACUGGGAAAUCAAGAAUCCAAAAAAACUACUAUGUCUUCUCAAAAUUCAAAUCCCCCAAAACUAUACCCACAAGUCAUUGAUUCAAACCCAGAAUCAACUUCUCCAUUUCUUUCCCAAAAGAAUCCCUCAACUUCUUCUAAUUCUUCUUUGCACCCCACUAUUGACAUGAAAGAUCUAGCAGAAAAUCUAUUUCCAGAAACUGAAACCAAUCAGCCUGAUAAUAAUUCCAACUUUGUUUCGUUAGAACAAGUGAUUGUCAAAAUCCCAGGUACAAUAAUCCAUCUGAUUGACAAAGAACGUAGUAUUGAACUCGCUAGUGGUGAAUUCGAAAUUGUUCAACUUAAACAAGGUGACAACGUUGUUGCUGUUCUUGCACGUGUCGGUGAUCAAAUCCAAUGGCCUUUAGCCAAAGAUGAGGCUGCUGUAAAACUUGAUGAAUCUCACUAUUUCUUCACUCUUAGAACACCUUCUGAAGCAAAUGAUGAAGAUAAUUUACUCAACUAUGGGUUAACUAUAGCAUCAAAAGGACAAGAAAGGGUACUAAAGGAGUUGGAUUUAGUAUUGGAAAAGUACAGUGCUUUUAGAGUGGAGAAAGUGAAGAAGGAUAAUAAAGGAGUUGAAGAAAAAUGGUGGAUGUCAGCAAAGGAUGUUUCACCAGAAGAAAUGGAGAAGAAAAAAGAGGAUAUGGAGAGGAGUUCUGCUGCUUAUUGGACUACUUUGGCUCCGAAUGUUGAAGAUUAUAGUAGUAGUAUUGCAAGAAUGAUUGCAGCCGGGUCGGGUCAAUUGGUGAAGGGGAUAUUGUGGUGUGGUGAUGUUACUGUAGAUAGGCUGAAUUGGGGAAAUGAUGUGUUGAUGAAGAGGAUGGGAAAGGGGAGUAACUCUGAGAUUAGCCCUGAGGCUAUGAGAAGGAUGAAAAGGGUGAAGAAGAUGACAAAAAUGUCGGAGCAAGUGGCAACUGGCUUACUCUCAGGAGUAGUGAAGGUUUCUGGAUUCUUUACAAGUUCCAUUGCAAACUCUAAAGCUGGUCAGAAAUUCUUUAGCCUUCUUCCUGGAGAGAUUGUUCUUGCCUCCUUGGAUGGAUUCAAUAAAGUUUGCGAUGCUGUUGAAGUCGCUGGAAAGAAUGUGAUGUCAACAACCUCAACUGUGACAACUGGGCUUGUUCAACAGAGGCAUGGUGACCAGGCUGCAGAGAUGACACGUGACGGAUUCGGUGCUGCAGGACAUGCUAUAGGAACUGCUUGGGCUGUGUUUAAGAUAAGAAAAGCUCUCAAUCCAAAGAGUGCAGUGAAACCUACAACAGUUGCAAAAGCUGCUGCUCAAGCUAAUCUUGCUAAGAUGAAGAGCAAGCAGAAGUGAUAUGUCGACAUCAAUGUUCCAUCUCCCAUUCUCUUAACUGCUGCUAACUUCCUCAAUUUUCUUAAGAGAGUGAUACUUGUAUUAUCUAUUACUAUAUCAGUUUAGAAUUUGUCUUUGCAUGAGAGAUACUUUAAGUGAAUUAAGGAUGUAAUAUAUAUCUGAAGUUUGAAUUUGCAUGAAUGAAGUAGUAUCAGUUUUCUGUUGUGUUUUA